CCCCUCCCCACACUAUCUGGUGCCUCUGGCAGUAGAGAGCGCGCGACGCAACACACUGACAGCCGCGACUCACAACCGAGGAGUGGAAAGAUGGAGCACAGAGAAACCGACUUCAAUAUAUUGCUAGCGACAGACUCAUACAAGGUAACUCAUUACAAACAGUAUCCCCCCAACACGAGUAAAGUCUACUCCUACUUCGAGUGCCGCGAGAAGAGGACGGAUCCCAGCAAAAGCAGAAAAGUCAAAUAUGACCAAACUGUCUUUUACGGCCUGCAGUACAUCCUUCACAAAUACUUAAAAGGAACGGUGGUGACCCGAGAGAAGAUUCAGGAAGCCAAGGAAGUGUACAGGGAACAUUUCCAGGAUGAUGUUUUUAAUGAGAAGGGUUGGACUUACAUUCUGGAGAAAUACAACGGACAUCUUCCCAUUGAAAUCAAGGCAGUACCAGAAGGAAGCGUCAUUCCUCGAGGCAAUGUUUUGUUCACUGUGGAGAGCACAGAUCCUGAAUGCUACUGGCUCACUAACUGGGUGGAGACUAUUCUUGUUCAGAUCUGGUACCCGAUUACAGUGGCGACCAACUCCAGAGAACAAAAGAAGAUCCUUGCCAAGUACCUGAUGGAGACCUCUGGGAACCUGGACCGUCUAGAGUAUAAACUACACGACUUUGGCUAUAGGGGUGUAUCUUCACAAGAGACUGCUGGCAUUGGAGCCUCAGCCCAUUUGGUGAACUUCAAGGGUACAGAUACAGUCGCUGGGAUCGGCGUCAUCAAGAAGUACUAUGGCACCAAGGACCCAGUGCCUGGUUUUUCAGUGCCGGCUGCAGAGCACAGUACUAUAACCGCAUGGGGGAAAGACCAUGAGAAAGAUGCGUUUGAGCACAUCAUCAAGCAGUUUCCCAGCGUCCCUGUGUCCAUCGUCAGCGACAGCUACGACAUCUACAAUGCCUGUGAGAAAAUCUGGGGGGAGGACCUGAGAGCGCUGAUAGUGACCCGCAGCGCAGACGCCCCGCUGGUCGUCCGCCCAGACUCAGGAAACCCACUUGAUACAGUUUUGAAGGUUUUGGAGAUCUUGGGCAAGAAGUUUCCUCCACAAGAGAACUCUAAAGGUUUUAAAGUUCUUCCUCCUUACAUCAGAGUCAUACAAGGAGAUGGAGUGGAUAUCAACACACUGCAAGAGAUCGUGGAGGGUAUGAAACAACACAAGUGGUCUAUCGAGAACAUUGCCUUUGGAUCUGGGGGGGCACUGUUGCAGAAACUGACCAGAGAUCUGCUCAACUGCUCAUUCAAAUGCAGCUAUGUGGUGACAAACGGACUGGGGGUGAAUGUGUUCAAGGAUCCGGUGGCAGACCCCAACAAGAGAUCGAAGAAAGGUCGCCUGUCUUUGCACCGGACGGCGAGCGGCGAUUUCGUCACUUUGGAGGAGGGCAAAGGAGAUUUGGAGGAGUAUGGGGUGGACCUGCUGCACACAGUGUUUCAGAACGGCAAGAUUGUGAAGAACUACAGUUUUGAUGAAGUCAGAGACAAUGCUAAGCUCAAAGACAGCGAGCUUGAGGAGCUGUUGCACUGAGUGCAGACCCCCCCCCAACAUACUCUGUUCAUCCUAAAAGCCUAAAGAAGUUUUUUUUUUUUAGAUCACCUUUUUUUUUUUACCUCCAGUUCCACCAAACAAAAUGGAGGCAUUUGCACUUCUAAUACAACCGUUUCUCUUCCAAAUUAUGAGAAC